AUGUCACAAAAUUAUACCUAUUCAAAAUUAAAGAAACCAAGUUAUGUAUCAGGUUCCAGUAAUAAAUCAUCUUCACAUACAACAUCGUCAUCACCUUAUAAAAAAAAAGAAAUUGAACCAAAAGAAAACUAUGAACCAAUAACACCUGAAGGAGUUUAUUUAUAUGAUAAAGAUUACACACAUUUUGUAGUUCAUUGUAGUAAAUCAUCAUAUAAUGAAUAUAUUGGUAGAUAUAAUCCAAAAUUUCCAUCAACAAAUAAUUAUAAAUUUGGUAAUCCAUUUGUUGUAGGAAAAGAUGGUGAUCGUAAUACAGUAGUUAAAAAAUAUAGAGAUUGGAUAUUUUCACCAGAACAAAAUGAUUUAUUUAAUGCUGCAAAGGAAUUGAAAGGUAAAAUACUUGCUUGUUGGUGUUCACCUUUAAAUUGCCAUGGUUUUGUUUUAUCUGAAAUUGCCAAUUCAUCAAUUACAAAUAAACCAGAGCAAAUAUUACAACAAUCUGAGGUAAUAUCUCAACAACCACAACAAUCCCAACAACCACAACAAACACAACAAACACAACAAACACAACAAACACAACCACAGCAACCACCACAACCAGUACAAUCCCAACCAAAAAUUCAAACAAGAUCCUCUACAAUGUCAACGUCAGAUUUAAAAAAACCUUUGUUUGAUGAUAAGGAUUUUCCACCUUUGGGAGGUAAAAAAUAA